AUGCCAUCCGACACUCCAGAUACAAAUUUGUGGCUUGAACGAUCUCGUCUCGAUGGAAUGUUAUUAGGGGGUGUAUCUUAUGGCGUGUUCUUUCUCCUUACAGUACAAGCCGCAACUGCUCUCGUGCAGCGACCUCGAUAUGGCGGGAAAAUUGCACACAACCGUCGCGCGCUUCUUGUUUACAUCGUCAUCACGUUCGUACUAGGAACGAUAGAUGUAGCUACGAACAUGAGAUAUACCGAGAUGAUUUGGAUAGACCUUCGCGAUGCGCCUGGUGGUCCGCUCGCGCUAAUCGAGAACGCAAUGAAUUAUCGCAUCAACAUUGUGACACUUUCCACUUAUUACAUCAUGGCGUGGUUUAUGCAAGCCCUACUUCUUCACCGAUGCUCUGUGAUCUGGGAUCGGGCAAGACCCGUGAUGAUCCCGAUGAUCACACUCUAUCUUGCCAUGUUUGCAUUGUCUAUUCUCAUCCUGAUCCAGGCGAGCACCGGGACCGUAUUUUUCAAAAUCAACACCAAGCUUCUCUACCUCUGCAUGGAAGUAGGGUUCACUAUGAUUUAUACGAUUCUCGUGACGAAUCGUUUGCUCAUCAUGCGAGGCCAGAUGAAGCAGCUCAUGGCCCACUAUGAUUCUAGCACCUACGAUACCGUCAUCCUCAUGCUCAUCGAGUCCGCCAUGUUAUACACCACCUUCUGCAUUAUCCUUAUAGUUUCCUCUGCUUUGCAUUCUGAGGGUGUUUUCAAUCUAUUUUUCCUGUCUGUUAACAAUGUCCAGGGCAUUGCUCAAUUGCUCAUUAUCACCCGUGUAGCACGGGGGCGGGCAAUAACACGCGAGUGGUCGAUCCGAAGUGCUACAGCACGUACGUCUAUAGCAUUCACAUGGAGUGUAUCGGACACAACAGAUGGGACCAACUUUGGGCGAAUAGCUAGGCCAGAACAGGAUAGUAUUCAGUUGUCUUCUGUUAACUCGGCGAAGGCAGAGUCGGAAGCAGAAGGGUAA